GGAACUCGGCCUCUGGCUGUGCUGGGAGCUCCUGGACCUCACCCAGCAGUGCUCAGGCCCCCGUGGGACUGGGAGUGAAAUCAGCCUCACGCCUGGCACGUGCUCCCCCUUUGCACUGUUGAAGACACUCUGGGGGCCAAUGCAUCAAGAGUGUGCGGGCGCCCCCGGCAGCUGGCCCGCAUGGUGGGCGGGCAAGAUGCCCUGGAGGGCGAGUGGCCCUGGCAGGUCAGCGUCCAGCGCAACGGGAGCCACGUGUGUGGCGGCAGCCUGGUGACGGAGCGCUGGGUCCUCACGGCCGCGCACUGCUUCCCCAAUGCCUCCGAGACAGCCCUGUACCGGGUCCUGCUAGGGGCACGGCAGCUGGUGCGGCCCGGCCCGCAUGCCGUGUCGCUGGGGGUGCGCCAGGUACAGAGCCACCCCCUGUACCAGGGCAUGGCCUCCAGCGCCGACGUGGCACUGGUCCAGUUGGAGACUCCCGUCACCUUCACCCGCCACAUCCUCCCGGUGUGUCUGCCUCAGCCGUCGGUGGUCUUCGGCGUGGGCAUGAGCUGCUGGGUCACUGGCUGGGGCAGUCCCAGUGAGCAAGACCGGCUGCCCGCCCCGAGGGUCCUGCAGAAGCUGGCAGUUCCCCUCAUCGAUGCGCACAGCUGCAACGAGCUCUACAGCAGGGACGCACAGGCCGGCUUCCAGCCCAGAACCAUCCAGAAGGACAUGCUAUGCGCGGGCUUCGCCGAGGGCAAGAAGGACGCCUGCAAGGGUGACUCUGGGGGGCCCCUGGUCUGCCUCGUGGGCCAGACGUGGCUGCAGGCUGGGGUGAUCAGCUGGGGAGAGGGAUGCGCCCGUCGGAACCGCCCCGGCGUCUACAUCCGGGUCACCUCCCACCACGACUGGAUCCACCGCAUCAUCCCCGAACUGCAGUUCCAGCCGGCGAGGUCAGGGGGCUGGAAGCGCGGCCCCCUAGACCAGCAGAGCCCCCGCGCGGCCGCCGCCUGCUGCCCGGUGCCCUGGGCUGCCUCCCUGCUCCUCACUGCCCUGGCCUUGCUCUAA